AUGGGCGUGUGCACCGCCUUCAUCUUCGCCGCUCUGCUGGAGUUCACCGUCGUCAACUACUACUGGAGGAAAAAACUUACCAAUAAGUGCCACAAUCCGUGUCGCUCCAGGACCACAUCGGACAGCUGGAUGGAACUCAUGCCGCAACCCAACGGCCGGGGCACCGAGCAACCAUCUCCCGCCGCCGACACCGCCGAGUUCUCCAUCAGCCAAGCCGACAGCCGGCGCUACCGACUCCUGGCCUGUCGCAUCGAUGAGCUGUCCCGCUACAUCUUCCCUGCGGCCUUCCUUGUGUUCAACCUCGCCUACUGGUUCUACUACAUGUCGCACAGGCAUUAG